AUGUUAUUCAAAUCAUUACAAUCCAUCAACUUAAAAUCAAAAUCCUCAAAGAUCCAAUUAACAGCAUCAAAUAACACCACCUUAACUGGUUCAAAUAAUAUAGCUCUUUAUGGUAUUGUUGUUUUUGAACUUGAUACAUCAAUCACUGAUAUACACGUUCAACUUUAA